UCUGCCCGCCCACCUCCGGAUCUGCUCCGCUUUGGAUUGUUUGGGCGCGAAUUAUCUUGAGCUUGGCUUCCCGAAGGGUUUCUGAGAAAUUAGUGAUCAAGAUGCCUGGUAACCCACAUGUUUCCAAGAAAAAGUCUCAACAGUUAAAAAGAAAUUCAAAAAGGAAAACUGAUGAUGAUGAAGAGUUGUCAGAGAAAAAGGUUAGAAACACAGGAAAAAGAAAUAAAAGUCAUUCAAACCAUCUGUCUUCUGAAGGACAAACAAAGCAUACUAAUAUAAAACAGAUAAAGAUAGCACCCAACAAAAGGAAAACCUGGCAACCACUUUCAAAGAGUAGCAGAGAGCAGUUGCAAACAAUAAUGGAAUCAGUAAUAAUAACAAUUUUGAGCAAUAGUAGUCGAGAAAAAGAAGAAAUACAGUAUCAUCUCAACUUACUGAAAAAAAGAUUGCUACAACUUUGUGAAACCCUGAAAGUCCCUCCUGAAAAGCUGAAGGAUUUAACUCAUGUGUCAAGUCUACUGGAUGUGGAAAGGGCACGGGAGCAAGCUAAUAAAGAAGAUCUGGCAUUAUUGCAGGAAGAAAUAGAAAAAAUGGUAGAGACUGCAGAAUUGAUGACUGAGGAUAUUCAGAGCCUAAAGAACAAAAUUGAAAGUCUGGAAAGUGAGGUAGAAGAGGAAGAGAAGACACUAAAACAAGUGCUUCAAAUGGAUAUUAGUAAUGUACUCUCUCUUCCAGAACUUUCUCAGAAAAGUCUCAAAGCACCCACACUUCAGCAAGAAAUUUUGACACUAAUUCCAAACCAGAAUGCUCUUCUAAAGGACUUGGAUGUUCUUCAUAAUUCCUCCCAGAUUAAGAACAUGUUAACACUCAUUGAAGAAGCCUAUAAGAAACUAGAUGCCACCUGAACAGUUUUUUCUUGGAGUGUCCCAUAUUAAUGUUUAUGAUUUGUGGGGUUUUUUUUGUUUUUUGUUUUUUUCAAUGUUUAUGAUUUCUAAAGCUAUUAACCUAUGGUGAUAUUGCAGAGGCUGAGGCUUCCGUAGGAUUUAUUAUGCCCUGAUAGGCACUUUAAAAUUAGCCUCUGUAGAUCUAUCAUUAAUAUCUAAUGUAGUUCUGAAAAUUCUUUUUAGCAGUUGUCACAUCUAGGAAAUUAGCAUUUAUAUUGUUGUAUCUGCAAUUACUUGCCUAAAGCCAUUAAAAAGAAUAGUAGGCAUGACCUAAUAGUUUAUAAGGGUUAAAUGGAACUCAUUUAUUGGUUAAACGUGGAAUUGUGGUGUGUAAAUUAAGUACAGUACCUAGUAUGGAAAAGCAUUAGAGUUUGCUAUUACUAAUUCUGUAGCUGAUGGGUUGUAUUUUCUGCCUGAUCGUUUGGAAGAUGGAAAAUCCUCACUUUUUUACCUUGUUCCUUGGUCUUUUUGGAAAGUGGUUAAGAAUUGCCAGCUAUGUUUAACUUAGGAGGUAACAUCAAUAUUUUAUUUCUUUGGUAGGUAACUGAAUCGAUUUAUUUUCUACUGUCAUGAAAGCAUAUCUUUACUUAAGAAAAUUAUUUUAAAAGGAACCAUAGCACAUUCAUUCCCCCUACAAUAAAAAACAACCAAAAAUAAAAACCCUUUCUUAAUAAACCUUUCCC